AAAAAAAUAUCAAUAUCAUUUUGAAUCUUAAAGCAAGCUCAAGCCGUAAACCUUAAUCUCCUAAAAUUCUUAGGUGGUUAAUCCUUUCUGAGUAUCUUGGGAACAGUAGAAGACUAGAAGAAAUACAUUGAAUCCCAACCGGUAACAGUUGUGAAGAAGAAAUAAAAUAAGCAAAGAAGUUGGAUAUUUUGGUUGUUGGCAGUUGUUUGAGACAUCAAAACAACCAACCAACACAAUGAAUUUAGCUAUAUAGUUAAUUCUUUUUAGUUUUAACCGCUGUUAAUUCGACACUCGUAUUGCACAGUUACUGGCUUAGUGCUUGCUAUGCACGCUCUUGUAAGAACCACAACAUCCAUAAAAAUUCCCGCCAAAAAUGCUAUCCUCAACCAUCGACUCCUUCGUUCAGAACCUGAAGCCUACGCUGAACUCAUCGAAACAUACACACGUGAUCGAUCACUGCAGCAAGGAAAGAAGCUUCAUGCGCACUUAACCAUCAAUGGCUACGCGCGUUUCAACGUUGUCGCAUCCAAUCUCAUAGCUCUAUAUGCAAGCUGUAGCCAACUCUCCCUUGCCCGAAAACUGUUCGACAAAAUUCCCCAAACAAAUGUUCGCCGUUGGACUGCCCUCAUCAGUACAUGCGCUCGUUGCGGCUUCUAUGAUCACGCUUUAUCCGUGUUCUCCGAGAUGCAAACUCUCCAUGGAUUGAAACCCAAUAAUGUCUUCGUGAUUCCUAGUGUUCUCAAAGCCUGCGGCCACGUCGGUGACCGAAUCUCCGGAGAGAAAAUACAUUGCUUGGUUUUGAAGUGUUCAUUUGAGAUUGAUGCUUUUGUUUCGAGUGCGUUGAUUGUUAUGUACUCCAAGUGUAGUAAAGUUGAGGAUGCACGUAAGGUGUUUGAUGGAAUGGCUAUGAAGGAUUUGGUGGCGUUAAACGCUGUUGUUUCUGGGUAUGCUCAACAAGGACUUCCGAAUGAGGCAUUCGGUCUAGUGAAAAAUAUGAAAUUGAUGGGUAUGAACCCAAAUGUGGUGACUUGGAACGCUUUGAUAUCUGGGUUUGCACAGAGAUGUGACCGAGCAAUGGUUUCUGAAAUUUUCAGGUUGAUGAUUGAAGAUGAUGUUGAGCCUGAUGUGGUGUCAUGGACUUCUGUUAUAUCUGGUUUUGUGCAGAACUUUUGUAACGACGAAGCUUUUGAUACGUUUAAGCAAAUGUUGGGUCAUGGGUUAUGUCCUACUUCGGCUACUGUCAGCGCCCUUCUGCCAGCUUGUGCUACUGCUGCAAGAGUGAGGUUUGGGAAAGAAAUUCAUAGCUAUGCUUUGGUGAUUGGUGUGGAGGGUGAUGUAUAUGUAAGGAGUGCUUUGGUUGACAUGUAUGCAAAAUGUGGGUUUAUUUCUGAAGCAAGGACACUGUUUUAUAAGAUACCGGAGAAGAACACAGUGACAAUGAACUCUAUGAUUUUUGGCUAUGCGAAUCAUGGGUAUUGCGAAGAAGCUAUUGAGCUCUUCAAUCGGAUGGAGAUGGAAGAGGAAGUAAAGCCGGAUCAUUUAACUUUCACGGCAACUCUCACAGCUUGUAGCCAUGUUGGCGAUAUUGAACUUGGACAGAGGCUGUUCAAGAUUAUGCAAGAGAAAUACUGCAUUGAGCCACGACUGGAGCAUUAUGCAUGCAUGGUGGAUCUUUUAGGUCGAGCAGGGAAACUUGAGGAAGCGUAUGGCAUAAUCAAGACAAUGCCUAUGGAACCCGAUUUGUUUGUGUGGGGUGCAUUGUUGGCUGCUUGUAGAAAUCAUGGGCAUUUGGAGCUUGCAGAAGUGGCUGCUCAGCAUUUGUUGGAGUUGGAACCCGAGAGUGCUGCAAACCGUCUUCUGUUGUCGAGUUUGUAUGCAGAUGCUGGUAAAUGGGGAAAGGUUGAGCGAAUCAAGAAAAGGAUAAAGAAAGGAAAACUUAGAAAACUUCAAGGGUUGAGUUGGAUAGAUAAUGUAUAAUAAAUAUUGUAUUAUAGGUAGAUGAAUGAUUGUUUAUGCUGGUGGUUACUUUGAUUUGCUACAUUUCUGCAGGUAGGGCCACAGGUUAUGUUUCCUCAAAAAGAAUUGGAUUGCAAAACCUAUUGAAACAAUUUGGGAUGUAUUGCUUUCUUGAUCAGACAAGUAAACAGCAAUUCAAUUCUCGUUCGCAAUGCACAA